UUCAUUUUUUGUCACUGAAAGUAUACAUGCAUGUUAAUAUUUUAACUUAGUCUAUUUUACUGUAUUCAGUCAUAGAAAGACUUUAGGAUAUACUGAGAUUCCUAAAGUCUAUCUUUGGGUCAUGCAAUGCUGAUUAAGUGGGAAUCAGAGGACACCUGCAAUGUCUCCAGUACAAGAAAAUUCGCGGUGGCCCCGAGUAUCAAAGUUCACUCUGUCAGCAAGUGCUGCAACUGUUGCAGAAUUAGUCACAUUUCCUCUGGACCUUACCAAAACCAGACUUCAGAUACAGGGUGAAGGCGGUUCCCAACAGCAUGGUGGAAAUGUACAGCCUCCAAAAUACAGGGGCAUGCUGAGCACAGCUCUGGGUAUAGUGCGAGAAGAGGGGCCCUUGAAAUUGUGGCAAGGGGUCACACCAGCUAUCUACAGACAUAUAGUGUAUUCAGGCGGCAGGAUGUUAGCUUAUGAACAGCUCAGGGAAUCUGUCUUGGGAAGAUCUGAAGAUGGCGUUUUUCCAGUUUGGAAAGCAGUGAUCGGCAGUAUGAUAUCAGGUGCCUUGGGCCAGUUCAUCGCUAGUCCAACAGAUCUAGUGAAGGUUCAGAUGCAAAUGGAGGGCAGGCGCCGUCUAGAAGGGAAGCCGCCAAGAGUACAUGGGGUUUACCACGCAUUUACGAAGAUCGUAGCAGAGGGAGGAAUACGAGGCCUUUGGGCUGGAUGGGUUCCCAACGUUCAGAGAGCUGCACUGGUCAAUUUAGGAGAUCUCAUGACAUACGAUACCGUAAAGCAUUUUCUACUGAGAAACACCUCCAUACCAGACAACAGCAUUUGUCAUGGAUUGGCCAGCAUAUGCUCAGGAUUGGUUGCAGCUAUUAUGGGAACACCAGCUGAUGUGGUGAAAACUAGAGUAAUGAACCAGCCACGGGAUUCAAAUGGGAGGGGUCUUCUCUACAAGUCUUCUACUGACUGUCUGGUUCAGUCGGUGAGAAAAGAAGGAUUUUUUUCCCUCUAUAAAGGAUUUCUACCAACUUGGUUUAGAAUGGCUCCCUGGUCUUUGACUUUCUGGCUUACAUUUGAGCAAAUGAGACGAGCAAUGGGCAUCAGCUCAUUUUGAAGAUUUUAAGAGUUGGACCUAGAAUAUUACUUUGUCCCUAUAGUUUUUUGAGCUGAACAUUCCGGUCCUCAUUUUUUUUAGGUAUGAAUUUAGUUGUAUGCAGGUACACACUGCAGGUUAAGUUGUUUGAUCAUUGUAUGUCUUGGAAAAAAUAAAAUGGC